AUAAGUUAUUGGAUCUUUGUUUUUGGAGUAACGUGAAAGUGAAAAUGAAUUCAAGUUUAGUUGAAGUUGGUUGGUGUCGUAUCGCGACAUAUUUAGUAAGCCUACCAACACCUCGUAUCGUUACAGCUAACAUGAUUGUUAUUAUUUUCAAUGUAUUCCUGGCAAUUUUUACAGUAUUAAUAAACGCGCUGUUUAUUUCAACCUAUCUUAGCAAUCGUAUACUUCAGAAUACAUCCAAUAUGCUUUUGAUUGUGUUGGCUGUUAGUGACAUCCUCGUUGGCGUGUUGGCUCAACCAAUUGCGAUUACCCGAGCAACAAUGGAAAUAUAUGGCGCACACAACUGUUUCCUUUUUGAUACAAGUCGUCUUAUUUACAUUUUCUGCAGUGGAUUAUCCUUUUUGACGAACAUCGUAAUAACACAUGAUCGAUAUAUUGCAAUUUACUAUCCGUUACGUUACCCAAUAAUAUUCAGUAAGAGGAACGUAAAAAUCGUUCUAAUUGGAUGUGGAAUAAUAUUAAUUGCUUUAUUAGUAUGUCGUGCGGUCCUUCCAUUAGAAAUAUUCUUUUUGAUUAUAUGCAGUUUAACGUUUUAUACAACUCUCUCAGCACUUGUGGUAUAUUGUAGGAUUCUACUUGCAGCAAGAAGACAAAAACUUCAAAUACAAAUUAUGGUUCGUUCUACUCGGCUGUACCGACCAACAAUAUCGUUACAUGAAAUUAAAACAACCCAGGUAAUGGUUUAUGUUCUUGGUGCAAUGAUCCUGUGUUAUUAUCCUGGUACGUGUUUCUGGAUAUACAGUGCAUAUCAUGGUUAUACCUUAGAAAGUCUGUAUACAAUCGUACCCUAUCUUGAACUUUCCGUCUUCUUGAAUUCUGCUAUUAAUCCGGUCACGUAUCUACUCAGAAGUCGAACAAUUCGAGGAGCGUUCCUCCGCCACAUUAAUGAAUUAUGGAAUUAA